GAGGGUCUGGGUGGGCGUGGACCCCACUCCACCAUAGUCAUUGCCCGCUUCAGUAACUUCUUUGGAGCGGCGACCCUCGCCGCCGACCUUGGACUGGGAACCCUAAUAAAGGGCCCCACUGGACUGAGGGGCGCUUCUGGACUGAAGUGCAGCUCCUGGCUGACGGACGGCUCUGGCGGCUCCUGGCUGACGGACGGCUCUGGUGGCUCCUGGCUGACGGACGGCUCUGGUGGCUCCUGGCUGACGGACGGCUCUGGCGGCUCCUGGCUGACGGGCGGCUCCUGGCUGACGGACGGCCCUUGCGGCUCCUAGCUGACGAACGGCUCUGGCGGCGCUGGACAGGAGGGAGACUCAGGCGGCGCUGGACAGGAGGGAGACUCAGGCGGCGCUGGACAGGAGGGAGACUCAGGCGGCGCUGGACAGGAGAAAGACUCAGGCGGCGCUGGACAGGAGGAAGACUCUGGCAGCGCUGAGCAGGCGGGAGCACCUGUAGUGAGGAGACGGAGAGACAGCCUGGUGCGGGGGGCUGCCACCGGAGGGCUGGUGCGUGGAGGUGGCACCGGAUAGACCGGACCGUGAAGGCGCACUGGAGGUCUCGAGCACCGAGCCUGCCCAACCCUACCUGGCUGAAUGCUCCCCGUAGCCAGGCCAGUGCGCCAUCCUACAUUACAGAUCGCCCCAUUCAGAACCCAACCCUACCAGGCCCCAGCACCAUCCCUGCUCUGCCAGGCCCCAGCAACAUUCCAGCCCUGCCAGGCCCCAGCACCAACCUGCCGUGCCCUAGCACAAUUCCAGCCCUGCCAGGCCCCAGCUCCAACCUGCCAGGCCCCAGCACCAACCUGCCAGGCCCUAGCACCAUUUCAGCCCUGCCAGACCCCAGCACCAAUCUGCCAGGCCCUAGCACAAUUCCAGCCCUGCCAGGCCCCAGCACCAUUUCAGCCCUGCCAGGCCCCAGCACCAUUCCAGCCCUGCCUAGCACAAGCUCAGACACAGACCUGCCCAGUUCUUAUGCUAGCACCAGCUCACCCUUGCCCAGCAAUGCCACUGCUGACAACGGUGAACUAGCAACUCCAGAGGACAUCCGGCCAUAUCUAAAAGCUGACCCCCGAAAACCAGCUUGCAAAGAAAGAAAACGGCGCAAAACAGCAAUUCUAACUGACACACCAGUGAAGCAGGCACUAGAAAUGGAACAGAAUAAGGCACAAUCUAGCAAAAAGCUAUUUCUUGAAUCAAAUUUAUUUAUAAAGCCCUUCUUACAUCAGCUGAUAUCUCAAAGUGCUGUACAGAAACCCAGCCUAAAACCCCAAACAGCAAGCAAUGCAGGUGUAGAAGCAUGGUGGCUAGGAAAAACUCCCAUGAAAGGCCAGAACCUAGGAUGAAACCUAGAGAGGAACCAGGCUAUGAGGGGUGGCCAGUCCUCUUCUGGCUGUACCGGGGUGGAGAUUAUAACAGAACAUGGCCAAGAUGUUCAAAUGUUCAUAGAUGACCAGCAGUGUCAAAUAAUAAUAACCACAGUGGAUGUCGAGGGUGCAACAGGUCAGCACCUCAGUAAAUGUCAGUUGGCUUUUCAUAGCCGAUCAUUCAGAGUAUCUCUACCGCUCCUGCUGUCUCUAGAGAGUUGAAAACAGCAGGUCUGGGACAGGUAUCCGGUGAACAGGUCAGGGUUCCAUAGCCGCAGGCAGAACAGUUGAAACUGGAGCAGCAGCACGGCCAGGUGGACUGGGAACAGCAAGGAGUCAUCAGGCCAGGUAGUCCUGAGGCAUGGUCCUAGGGCUCAGGUACACCAAGAGAGAGAAAGAAAGAGAGAGAGAAUUAUAGAGAGCAUACUUAAAUUCCCACAGGACACCGGAUAAGACAGGAGAAAUACUCCAGAUAUAACAGACUGACCCUAGCCCCCGACACAUAAACUACUGCAGCAUAAAUACUGUAGGCUGAGACUGGAGGGGUCGGGAGACACUGUGGCCCUAUCCGAUGAUACCCCCAGACAGGGUCAAACAGGCAGGAUAUAACCCCACUCACUUUUCCGAUUCCAACAAUUUCCGUGGAUCUAUGUGUACGCCAGAGAACGUUUGAGUUCAAAGUAAAGUGGUCGUGCCACUUAAUUAAUGUGUGUUCUGCCACCAUUAUUGUUUUGAUUAAAAGGCAUUAUUUGCCGGAUUCUCUCAUCAAUAUUGUUUUUAUUUUAAGUUCUUUAAUGAAGUUGAAUUUAGUUUUGAAUUUGAAAUUAAAAAUCUAUAUUCACAAUUAAUUAGUUAGUGUUCUUAUUUGCUGAUAAUCUAAUGUGACAACUUACCCGACGUAGUGUGACAAUUUACCCGUUGAUGGGUCUACAACUCCGUACUGAAAUAAGAUAUGAAGAUGUAAUGAAUACAAAUAUGUGCCCAAGACUUCCUUCUUUCAUUUGGUAUGACAUUUAUACCAUUGUGAUGUAUGGUGCCCAGUAAAUGUUAGACAGCGUGAAAAGUGUAACAACAUACCUCGCUCUCCCAUACUCACAAGACCAACGGACAUGGGAACAAUAACCGACAAGACAAUGGUGAACAAAGGGCACAAUUAUAUUAUUACUAAUCAGGGGAAAUGGGAACCAGGUGUGCGUAAUGAAACAGUUCAGUGACGCCUAGAGGCCGGUGACGUAGACCUCCGGAACUGGUGCACGGAAUGAGCAACAGUACCUGUCGGAUCCGUGACAAGCAUUAAUUUAUUUCAGUUAUUCCCAAACUGGGGUAGCGCAAUGCCAUCGGGGGUACGCCAAAUAAAAAUGUGAUUCACGUUUACGUUUGGUUAGUGGAUUUCCCAUGAGAAUUUUUUAUUUUUUUUUCACAUUUUCAAACAGUCCAUUUAGAUUUUCCAAUAGGGAAAAAAAUAUUCUCACCUGAGUAGCCUCGUUUCACUGACAAAAAUCAAAUUAAACCAUCCAGUGUUCAGCGAAAUAACAACACAAUGUCAAAUACAGGUAGCCUAAUCAAAUAAUGAACAUCCAAUCACAUUAACUGUUACUCUCUCGCGGGAAUUCCACUAACGGUCCUUAUGUAGUCAAACGUAGCUGCUGCUCAUUCCGUUUGCUCGAAAAUGGAUGAAUGGUUCACCAUCCCGACACCACUUGGGUACACUGCGGCAUCCAGCGGGAGGCUCUUGCUGCCAAGGGAAUGCCUGACAGCUUGAAAGAUGUUUUGGUCACUACAGUGAAAAUGGUUAACUUUGUUAAAACGAGGCCCCUGAACACUCGUGUAUUUUCUGCACAAUGCGAUGAUAUGGGCAGCGACCAUGUAACACUUUUACAAGGGGCAAAGUGUUGACACGUUUUUUUUUUUAUUGAGAGAUGAGCUUAAAGUUUGCAUGAUAACGAGUUUCUCACACGACUGACCUAUCUGGGUGAUGUUUUCUCUCGCCUGAAUGAUCUGAAUCUAGGAUUACAGAGACUCUCCACAACUAUAUUCAAUGUGUAGGACAAAAUUGAGGCUAUCAUUAAGAAGUUGGAGCUCUUCUCUGUCUGCAUUAACAAGGACAACAAACAGGUCUUUCCAUCAUUGUCGGAUUUUUUGUGUGCAAAUGAACUCAAGCUUACGAACAAUGUCAAAUGUGAUAUAGCGAAGCACCUGAGUGAGUUGGGUGCGCAAUUAUGCAGGUACUUUCCCGAAACAGAUGACACAAACAACUGGAUUUGUUAUCCCUUCCAUGCCCUGCCUCCAGUCCACUUACCGAUAUCUGAACAAGAGAGCCUCAUCGAAAUUGCAUCAAGCGGUUCUGUGAAAAUUUAAUUUAAUCAGAAGCCACUGCCAGAUUUCUGGAUUGGGCUGCGCUCAGAGUAUAGUGCCUUGGCAAAUUGCGCUGUUAAGACAUUGAUGCCCUUUGCAACCACGUACCUAUGUGAGAGUGGAUUUUCGGCCCUCACUAGCAUGAAAACUAAAUACAGGCACAGACUGUGUGUGGAAAAUGAUUUAAGACUGAGAGUCUCUCCAAUACAACCCAACAUUGCAGAGUUAUGUGCAUCCUGUCAAGCACACCCUUCUCAUUAACCUGUGGUGAGUUAUUCGCCAUUUUUGAUGAACAAAGAAGGUUUUAUACUAUAUAAGAUGGCUAAAUAAAGAGCAAAAUUCUUGAUUUAUUGUUAUAUUAUUUGUGCCCUGGUCCUAUAAGAACUCUUUGUCACUUCCCACGAGCCAGGUUGUGACAAAAACCCACACUCAUUCUUAUGUUUAAUAAAUGUAUUGUAUACUGUGUGUGUGGCAGGCUUACAAUGAUGGCAUAAAACAACAUUUGAGAAUGCGCUGACCCUGGUGCUAGAGGGGGUAAGCAGCUGGAGGUUGAAUGUUUGAAGGGGUACGGGACUAUAAAAAGUCUGGUGAACCAAUGGUUUAUUCCAUCUGUAAGGUUCUAAGAAUUGAUGGAAUGAAGAUAGUUGAGAACAAAACGUCAGACUUGAAUUCAUUUUAGGAUAUUACCGGCUGGGAAGGAGUUUACUCUUCGACAACUCAAAGGUUCACAACAGUAUUUAAAGUGAUACAGGGGCGUCUCUGCUUCCCUACAUCCUGUGGAAUGCAUAUACAACUGUAAAUGGACAAUGGACCAGCCAAGAUUCAUGUUAAGGAGAUGUUAUUUUAGUACCAAGAGGUUCCUAGCACUGACUUUUAUUGAGAUAACAAACUAGACCAUACCAUAUAUUGUGGGGCGGCAGGUAGCCUAGUGGUUAGAGUGUUGGACUAGUCACCGAAAGGUUGCAAGAUCGAAUCCCUGAGCAGACAAGGUAAAAAUCUGUUGUUCUGCCCCUGAACAAGGCAGUUAACCCACUGUUCCUAGGCCGUCAUUGAAAAUAAAAAUGUGUUCUUAACUGACUUGCCGAGUUAAAUAAAGGUAAAAUAUAUGUAUAGGAAUGGUUUGAAAUGCUCCCAAGGCCUUGUUGGUCAUUUGCAAGAGUCUGUCACGCUGUAUAAUGAUAGGAGACAAGUGAAGGAAUACGUAAUAUUUUUUUUUAUUUCUCCACCCAAACAAAAGAGCGAGGUGUUAACCUCUAAAUAAUACACUGGGCCAUACACCUCCCAGUCAAUGAGGUACUGGAAACGCCCCGCCCGACGCCUCAAAUCCAGGACUUCACGGACUGAGUAUACUGGACCUCCCUCGAUGUCCAGAGGAGGAGGCGGGGCGUCACUGGUUCCAGCCUCAGCGAGGGGACCAGGCACCACUGGCCUGAGGAGAGACACAUGAAAAGUUGGGUUAAUGCGGUAAUCAGCAGGGAGUUGCAAAUGGUACGUUACCUCAUUAACCCUCCUCGGGACUUUAAACGGCCCCACAAACCGCAGGUUCAACUUCCGGCAGGGCAGGUCGGAGGGGCAGGUUCCGGGUGGAGAGCCAGACCCGGUCGCAUGGAGAGAAGAAAGGCGCCUCACUGCGGUGGCGGUCGGCCUGUUCCUUGCGCCGACGCACGGCCCGCUGGAGAUGAGUGCACUGCGUUCCAGGUUUCCUCAGCGUGCUGAAUCCACUCAUCUACCGUAGGGGCCUCGGUCUGGCUCGGUUGCCAAGCUGCAAGGGCCGGCUGGUACCCCAAUAUGCAAUAGAAAGGAGUGAGGUUAGUGGAGGAGUGGCGGAGGGAAUUCUGCGUGUACUCAGCCCAAGGUAGAAAAUCCGCCCACUCCCCCGGCCGGUCCUGACAGUAACACCUCAGGAACCCGCCCACUUCCUGAUUGACCCUCUCCACCUGCCCAUUAACUUGAGGACGGUACCCAGAGGUGAGACUGACCGUGACCCCCAGGCGUUCCAUGAACACUCCAUACGCGUGAGGUAAACUGAGGGCCACGGUCUGACACAAUGUCCUCCGGGAUCCUGUAUUGCCGGAAGAUGUGCUUAAAAUAGGCCUCCUCGGGGCCUCCCGAGUGGCGCAGUAGUCUAAGGCACUGCAUCGCAGUGGUCUAAGGCACUGCAUCGCAGUGCUAGCUGUGCCACUGGAGAUUCUGGGUUCGAGUCCAGGCUCUUUUGCAGCCGGCCGAGACCAGGAGACCCAUGGGGCGGCGCACAAUUGGCCCAGCGUCGUCCGGGUUAGGGUUAGGGUUUGGCCGGCAGGGAUGUCCUUGUCCCAUCAAGCACUAGCAACUCCUGUGGCGGGCCAGGCGCAGUGCAUGCUGACACGGUCACCAGGUGUUUCCACCGACACAUUGGUGUAGCUGGCUUCCGGGUUAAGUGGGCUUUGUGUCAAGAAGCAGUGCGGCUUGGUUGGGUUGUCUUUUGGAGGAUGCACGGCCUUCAACCUUCACCUCUCUCUCGAGUCUGUACGGGAGUUUCAGCGAUGAGACAAGACUGUAACUACCAAUUGGAUACCACGAAAUUGGGGUUGAGAAUGGUGGUGUUCCCCUGGGAGCGGGUAAGGUCAGUGACAAAGUCCACCGAGGGGUGAGACCAGGGUCGUUGUGGAACCGGCAGGGGAAGGAGCUUUCCAUAAGGGAGGUGUCUGGGUGUCUUUGACUGAGCACAGAUGGAGCAGGAAGAAACGUCAACCCGAACGUCCCUAGCCAAGGUGGGCCAACAGUACUUCUCAGUCAAGCAGGCGAUGGUACGGCUUAUCCCAGGAUGACACAGGUGCCGUGUGCGCCCAGGUAAGGAGGCGGUCCCACACACCCAUGGGCACGUAGGCGCAGUUCUCCGGGCGCUGUGCAGGUGCGGGUUCCGUGCGCAGGGCCUGCCCUAUGUCGGUGUCCACGUCCAACACUGCUGGCGCUAUGAUACGCGAUGGAGAGAUGUUGGGGGUCUCUUCUCCAUGCCUCUCCAUCAUAGAGGCGAGACAGGGUGUCCGCCUUCACGUUCUUCGAGCCUGGCCUGUAGGAAAGCGUGAAUAGUGACCAGAGCCGACUCGUUCCAUCCGGUGGAGGCCGCGAUGUUCCGGAACUCCAGGGCGAAUUCCGAGGUGGUCCUAGAUCCUUGGCGUAGUCAGAGUAGGCAGUCAACCCCCCCUUGGCCAUCCACAGGAUGAUCAAACACUGAGCGGAAGAGGAGGGUGAAGCGCUCGUAGGACUUGACCUCGGGUCCGCCCGUUUCCCAGACCGUGGCACCCCAGUCCAGGGUCCGUCCGGACAGCCAGGUCUCAUUGCAGAAGGAAUCCCUUGCAUCUCGCUGGAGUGCCGUCAAAGUGCUCCAGGAGGGACAGGGGUAUUCCGCGGACUGGCUCAGAUGGGACGGAGGCAGGUAGUGGUGUUGUGGGAGCUAGUGCCGGAACCGGUGCUGGAGACUGGAGGGACUGCACAUUCCCCUCCAAACGCAGGAUGGUUGCCAGUACGCUGUCCGUGGUGCUGCCGAGUCUGGAGAGACAUUCCUUGUGAUGCUGAACUGUCUCUACGAUGGUCGUCAGCUUGGUCUUUCCUGCUGUCUCCAUUUAGAUAGGUUGGUUAUUCUGUCACGCUGAAUAAUGAUACGAGACAAGCGCAGGAAUACGUAAUACUUUUUUUUAUUUCUCCUUCCUAACUAAAGAGUAAGGUGUAAACCUCUAAAUAAUACACAGGACGAAGCCCAUAAAACAAGUGCACAAUAACGCAUAGCAUGGAAGCCGAUACAACAUAGCACAGGUACUUACAAGACCAACGGACAUGGGACAAUAACCGACAAGGACAAUGGGGAACAGAGGGUACAUAUAUACACAUACUAAUCAGGGGGAAUGGGAACCAGGUGUGCGUAAUGAGACAAGACAGUCCAGGGUUGGAGGUAAUGAAUCCAGUUCAGUGACGCCUAAAAGGCCGGUGACGUAGCCCUCCUGAGAUGGUGAACGGAAUGAGCAGCAGUACCGGGGGGAUCCAUGACAAAGAGGCUCAAGAGGGUCAACUGGUGUGCUCUCACAAUAAUAGACUAUACAGUUAACAGACAAUAUGGUUAAAACCUUUCAGAAAUUACAUGUACUGUUUUGUCUAUUUAACAGGAAAGUCUCUGACUCCAAUGUGGUAAAACUCAGCAAUAAGCUCAAAGCCAUCCUGAAGAAAAAGUAUCAAAGUCCGCCAGGGGGGGAAACUGAGCAUCCAUUUUAUAUACAUUGUGAUCUCCAGUAUCCACCUGGUGAAAGUGGAGAGGUGAACCAACAUGAGUACAUUCAAAUUAAGCCAACUUUCAGACACCAAUGGAGAUGCUCACCCUUAAGCUUAUACUUUGAUUCUGAACUAGAUGACGAGCGAGUCAGAAUAGCGCUGACAAAGGGCGUCUCUGGUAUUGGCAAAACUAGCCAGGUGCGGAUGAUUAUUCUUAACUGGGCAGAGGGAAAAGGAAACCAGGAAUGUACUCUCAUAUUUCCCCUUCCUUUCCGGGAGCUGAAUUUGCUGAAGGAGAGACUAAGUCUGAUUGAACUUCUUUACAAGUUUUUCCCAGAAUUGAAAGAACCUGGAAUUUCCAACCUGGAGAACUGCAGAGUUGGGUUCAUUCUUGACGGGCUGGAUGAAUUCCGACAUCCUCUCGACUUCAAGAACAGCCCGAUAGUGACCGAUGUCACAGAGCCCUCCUCCGUGCCAGCACUGCUGACAAACCUAAUUAACUGUAAUCUUCUUCCCUUCGCGUCUCACAUAUGGAUUACCUCUAGACCUGAAGCAGUCCAUCACAUCCCUCUUCAGUACAUCAACGAAGUGACAGAAAUCGAAGGCUUCACGGACUCUCAGAAAGAGGAGUUCUUCAGAAGAGCAAUCAUUCACACAGACCAGGCCAAUGCAAUUAUCCACCACUUGAAGUACUCGGAAAGCCUCUAUGUUUUGUGCCAGAUACCUAUUAUCUGUUCGAUUUCUGCAUCAGUCCUCGUUAGACAGACAUGGCUAUCCGAUAAAGAAUAUGACCCCGGAGCUCUGACUCCAAUGUACACUGACCUACUCGCCCUGUUGCAAACACAGAACCAGAAUACACAGAAGAUGGCUAUUAAAUUGGGGGAACUAGCCUUUAAGCAGUUGGUGAAAGGCAACACGGUUUUCUACAGGGAAGACCUACAAGAGUGCGACAUUAACUGUGAUGAGGGGUCAGAGUUUGCAAAAGUAAGCAUACCCAUCUUCAGGGAGGAUAUUGGGUUGCAGCAAACGAAGAUCUACUACUUUGGGCAUACCACCAUUCAGGAGUUCUUUGCCGCAAUGUGGUUUAUUAAUCGAUCCUGCUACAGCCUAGAUGAAAACCUGAGGAAUGCAGUGGACAUGGCCUUGCAGAGCAAAAACGGAAAGCUGGACCUCUUCCUCCGGUUCCUCCUCGGCUUCUCGCAGAGCUUCAUCCAGUCAAUCGCAGAGGCCGGCUACAACUCGUCAGAGACACUGACGGAAACGGUAGAGUAUAUCAAGAAGAAGGUCAUGGAGAAUCCCGCUUCACCGAGGGCCCUCAACCUGCUGAACUGCCUGACGGAACUGGGUGACAGCUCUUUAGAAACUGAUGGCGUGAGCUUUCUCAAUACGGGAAUCUCCCCAGAUGCCAAAUACCCACGUGCACAUUGGUCUGACCUGGCCGCUGUGUUAUUGGCAUCGCAGUCUGGGCCAAUAGACAUGCUAGGGUUGGAAGUAAAGAAGAGAGGAGACGAGGAACUUCUGAGGAUGCUACCAGUGAUCAAAGCUUCCCAGACAGCCACGCUAUCAUAUCACAAACUAACAGAGAAAUCCUGUGAAUGUCUGGCCUCGGCGCUCACCUCAAAGGUGUCCAAUGUGAAAACUCUGGACCUGAGUUUCAACACGCUGAAGGACUCCGGAGUGCAGCUGUUGGCGGCCGGCUUGGCCAAGCCACACUGCCGACUGGAGAGACUGAAACUGUCCGGCUGCAGGGUGAAACAGAAUGGCUUUGCAGCUCUGGCCAAAGCUCUCAAAUCCAACCCCUUGCACCUGCGGGAGCUGGAUCUGAGCGGCAACGAACCGGGAGAAUCGGGGGUGUUUUAUCUCGUUGACGGACUGAAGGUUGUCAAUUGCAAACUUCAGAUCCUGAAGCUCUCAAACUGCAAGCUGGGCCUGGAGCUGAGUCGCGCUCUGGCGGUGUUGCUGAUAGCCAACCCCAGACACCUGCGAGAUCUGGACGUCAGCAUGAACAACUUGGGAGACCGGGGGAUGAAGCUGCUCAUGGACAUACUGAAGUCAACCCAGAUAUACAAACUGGAGUUGUACUGCUGUCAGCUCACUGAGAAAUGCUGUGAGAACAUGUUUAGGUGUCUGGUGAACAUCCCCAGUCUGAGGGAGCUCAACCUGAGCAACAACAACCUGAAGGACGAGGGGGUCAAGAUGCUCUGCAACGCCUUCGGACUGCCCGCCUGUCAACUGGAGAAACUCAUUGUGGCGAGCUGUGGCAUCACCCAAGUCAGAGGGUUUCAUUUCAACUCUGUCCUCAAAGAGCUGGACAUCAGCAGGAACCAUCUGGGCGACUCGGAUGACUGGGCCGAUGUCUUUUUCUGCUUGUCUUCACUUGAGACCCUCAGGGUGAGUGACUGUAAACUGACAGAGAAAUGCUGUGGGGAGCUGGUCAAAGCUCUCAGCUCCAACCUCACCAACCUGAAAGAGCUGGAUCUCUCUGGAAACGACCUGGGAGACCACGGUGUGAAGACUCUCUACAUGGGACUGACGUCCAGGUGUUGUACACUGGAGAGACUAUUUCUGAGAUGCUGUGGGAUCACAGUAAAGGGCUGCUCCUCCCUAGCCUUAGCCCUGAAGUCCAGCCACUCCAGCAUCACAGAACUAGGCCUGAUGGGAAACAACACGGGAGAAGAAGGACUGAGAAUUCUCUCUGACGUCAGGGACAAUCAACGCUACAAACUACAGACUCUAGAAAUCAACGAUUGAGAGAGGUCUUGACUCGCUUGAUGGGGUUCUUCUUGGCGUCUCGGUCCUCAAGUUCUGUACUCACUCUGGUCAAAAGUGGUUCACUGUAAAGGGAACAGGACACUAUCUCGGACGCAGACUAGGAUUUGCAUUCAGACGACUGAAUUGAUCGUUGUACAGACUUAAAGAAGUGUCUAAACUUGAACAAGUGAAUUGUAUAGCAUUUUAAACAGUAAGAUGCCCUUGAGGAUGUAACCACAGUGUCUGUGUACCAAACUAAAGGAUGUUACUCAUUACCUUCAGCCUCAAUCAUGCUCAGUAACCUCCAAGUCCAUGCAGUAUUUUUUGCACAUCAAUUGUCAAGUCAAGAUGUUACGGUAUACGAUGUAGCCUUUACUGAAGAGAAAGGUGAUGCUAUGUUUUAGAUAAUGACCAUAUUGUGUUUUCUUGUCAAACCAAGGAUGUGUCAUCUUUGGCGGACUAUAGUGGGACUGAGUAAAUGAAAAAGCCAUUUGUUUUUAACUGACUUUUCUAGUUAAAUAAAAAAGAAUAAAAAUCGAAA